UCCAUCGAACUAGUACGCUGUCAGCGGUGUUUCAUGGCUGGAUAGGCACCUACGGCCUCGGUAAACGAUCGCAAAAAUAUAUCAAAACCAUCGCACAUACCUGUGUUAUUCGAUCGGUUUGGGUAAUGGCCAGGCAAUAAUUUCAUUUUGAACGCAAUGCGUUUCCGUCAGCGAUUACCAACUUCUAAGCAAUGCAAUCGCCACUAAAAAACUUUCCUUUCCAGAAGGCCUUGCAUUUUGUUACAACAGGUCCACGGCAUAUGAAGAGAGGAGACUGAUUAGGCUAUUAGACAACGAAAUAAAUGUUUUUUUUUUUUUUUUUUUUUUACAAUUCAACAACAAGAAGCCAACUCAUCGACUCGCUUAUAUCCGACAGGCUACGGGACAGGACCAGGAUUAAAAAUACAUUGAGUUGCAACGCCAUCAGCUUUCCUAGAAACUACGAUUCAAGUAUUUUUUUAAAAAACUGGUUAAAUGCGGUACGAGUCUAAAAUGAUGCCGAUGUUCCUGACAGUGUACCUCAGUAACAAUGACCAGCAUUUUACCGAGGUGCCCGUUACCCCAGAGACGCUGUGCCGGGACGUAGUGGAGCUGUGUAAGGAGCCCGUAGAGACCGAAUGCCACCUGGCUGAGAUGUGGCGUGGAUCUGAGCGACCUGUAGGAGACGGGGAACGGAUGCUGGACGUGCUUCAUCGCUGGGGACAGCACAGGGCAGAGGUGCGCUUCUUCCUGCGUCACGACAGAGCGCCCUGCAGAGAAUCAGGUGGCCCCCGAGGAUCAGACUCAAAGAGGAACGGAGUAAAGAGCCCCUCAGAUAGACUGAUGGAGAACGGGGUGUUGGCCCCACGGAUGGACAUGACUCUGGCUGAGCUGCAGGAAAUGGCUGCCAGACAGCAGCAGCAAAUAGACACACAGCAACAACUCCUCGCCUCCAAGGAGCAGCGUCUGCGCUACCUGAAGCAGCAGGAGCAGAGGCAGCAGCAGCAAGCAUCAGAGCAGGAGAAGCUGCAGCGUCUAAGGGAGAACGUGGAGAACCAGGAGACCAGGCUGAAGAAGGUCCGGGCCCUCAAGGGCCAGGUGGAGCAAAAACGCCUCAGCAACGGCAAGCUGGUGGAGGAGAUAGAGCAGAUGAACAGUAUGUUCCAACAGAAGCAGAAGGAGCUGGUGGUGGCUGUGUCCAAGGUGGAGGAUCUCAGCAGACAGCUGGAAAUGCUCAAGAAUGGCAAGAUGGACUCCUUCCACGACAACCAGAGCUCUGUGGCUGAACUGGACCGCCUCUACAAGGAGCUACAGCUGCGUAAUAAGCUGAACCAGGAGCAGAAUGCCAAGCUGCAGCAUCAGAGAGACAGUCUGAACAAGCGCAACCUGGAGGUGGCCUCUAUGGACAAACGGGUCAGUGAGCUCCGAGACCGCCUUUGGAAGAAGAAGGCCGCUCUGCAGCAGAAAGAGAACCUGCCUCCCAAGAUGCCCUGGCCCUCAGAGCCGGCCUCUAUCAAAAAAAAUGGCUACCCUGGUAAGGAGAGGGCUUCAAAAGACACUCAUCCCCAGCUGCCCUCUGAUGGUCUGGCGGGUCAGCAGCAGCAGCAGGGUCCUUCUCGUGUGGCGGCUGUCGGCCCGUACAUCCAGUCGUCCACCAUGCCUCGCGGCCCAGUGAGACACGAGCUGCUGGUCAAACCUGCUGUAUACCCCGACGGCACCGCCAACCUCCCCGCACACCCAGACCCACAGGGCAAGGCCAACACAGGUAAACUGGCAGAGUGGGGCCCUUUGGGACCAGAGUCCAACAGCAGUAGUCAUAGGUCAUCCUCCACACUGCCCAGAAUGACCUCUCACUCCAGCCCCAACACAGAGCAAGAUGAGACUGAGGGGAUGAAUAAGGACAGGAGGGUGCGUCCGUUCUCCAUGUUUGAGCCCACUGAGGUGCCAGCCGCCUCCCUCCGCAAGAACCAGAGCAGUGACGACCUGGUCAGAGACUCCCAGUCUGUUGCUAAACCCCCAGUUAAGGUGCCCCCACCCGUUGCCAGCAAACCCAAAGCCCCCAGUGGUGCCCCCUAUGGCAAGCAAGGCCUCAACACAGGCACCUUCCCCAAGGCCAAGCCUCCCAGCCAGCAUCAGCAAUCCCAGGGGGGCCCACAGGCCCAUGUCUCCCUGCCCUCCUCCCAGAGCCAGACCCUGCCCCUGCCCUCAAAGCAGGACCCCCCUCCGGCGGCCACUGUCAGACCCUUCACCCCAGAGCUGCCUAAAGACCUGACCAAGCCCCAGACCCUGGCAGCCAGCUCCAUCUACUCCAUGUACACCCAGCAGCCCACCCCAGGCAAGCCCUUCCCACCAGCCAUACAGGGGGCUCUCAACAGGAGCCAGAGCCGCGGCAACGGAUUUGUCAGUGUGUACGGUAAGCCUGUGAUCCCCGGCGGAGGCCCCCAGCAUCCAGAGAAUCCUUACAGCGAGCAGCAACACUCCCCAGACCAGCACUCUGAGGUGGACCACGGGGUCCCCCAUGCCCCCCCCACCGAGGGACAGCAGGGGGAGACAGAACGCACCCCCCGUCCCCUCAGCCCGACCAAGCUGCUGCCCUUCAUCUCCAAUCCCUACCGCCACCAGAGCGACGGGGACCUGGAGGCCCUCAGGAAGAAGCUGUACAACGCCCCACGGCCCUUGAAGAAACGCAGCUCUAUCACAGAGCCCGAGGGCCCCGCGGGGCCCAACAUCCAGAAACUGCUAUACCAGAAAACCACACUGGCUGCAAUGGAGACCAUCCUCACCACGCCCACCACACACGAGGCUGUGAAGGAGGAGGGAGGGGCAAGGCCUGGUGUUCCAGGGGCCCAGAUUGGUGGGGAGAGCAACCAACAGGAGAGUGUAACACUUGAGGCUGGUGAAGUCCUGCCCCCCUCCCCUAACCUCCUCCCCCCACUCCCUGCGGAGCAGACUCCCCCACCAGCCAUCCCAAAGGGAGACCAAGAGGAGUUCACCCCCCCUCCCCAUCCGGCCCAUCCUGCGCCGCGACCUGACCAGCCCCUGUUCCCCCCAUCGCCCCCCCCUGCUGCUGGCAUGGAGGAGCCCAGCCUGCCCCUUCCUCCAGAGAGUUUCAUGGAGGAGUUCCCCCCCUACCCCCCACCACCCUACCCCAGCGGGGCUGAGCAGGAGAGCCUGGAGGAGGACACUCUCAGUAUGCAGGCACCGGAGGUCACCGGACAGGUCACAUUGCCACCUGGGAAGAGGACCAACCUGCGUAAGACUGGCUCGGAAAGGAUCGACCACAGUAUGAGGGUAAAGUUUAACCCCCUGGCCCUGCUCCUGGACUCCUCUCUGGAGGGAGAGUUUGACCUGGUCCAGAGGAUCAUCUACGAGGUGGAGGACCCUAGUCUGCCUAAUGAUGAGGGGAUCACAGCCCUCCACAACGCAGUCUGUGCCGGACACACGGAGAUCGUCAAGUUCUUGGUGCAGUUUGGCGUCAGCGUCAACGCAGCCGACAGUGAUGGAUGGACUCCGCUGCACUGCGCUGCCUCCUGUAAUAACGUGCAGGUGUGUAAGUUCCUGGUUGAGUCGGGAGCAGCAGUGUUUGCUAUGACCUACAGCGACAUGCAGACAGCAGCGGAUAAGUGUGAGGAGAUGGAGGAGGGAUACACCCAGUGCUCCCAGUUCCUCUAUGGAGUGCAGGAGAAGAUGGGCAUCAUGAACAGGGGCGUGGUCUACGGCCUGUGGGACUACUCCAAUGACAAUUCUGAUGAGCUGGUGUUCCACGAGGGCGACUGCAUGACCAUUGUUCGCCGGGAAGACGAGGACGAGAUCGAGUGGUGGUGGGCACGCAUGGGCGACACCGAGGGGUACAUCCCUCGGAACCUUCUGGGACUUUACCCAAGAAUCAAGCCUAGACAGAGAAGCCUGGCUUAGACCUGCUCAUCCUGAACUGGACACUGGCUGCGUCUUAGGCUACAUUUACAUAGGUAGCCCAAUUCUAAUAUUUUUUCCACUAAUUGGUAUUUUGACCAAUCACAUCAGAUCUUUUCACAUCAGAUCUUUUUUAGAGC